AGAAGGAAAUUGAAUUGAAAAAGAAAAUAAAUUGAAAUUCGAAAGAAUUAACGCAGGUUUAACACGAAUGAUCUGUAACAGCCAGCGUUUAUUGAAAGUACUUUUGGAAUAUUAAACGUUAUAAUAGAAUUUUAAAUUCAUUUUGAUGAAAUAAUUAUAAGAUAUGCAUGGUGACACACUUUUCUUUUGAAUAACCCAGGAUUACAUAAGCAAAUAUGAGUAUAGGAUGAGACGAAAAUAAAAUCAUGUUACAUUCAGGAUCUGACGAGCACCAUGCUCACAUUUGCUCAUUGUGUUCGAAAGAUGGCAGAACCGUUUCAGCUUCGAGUUAUUGUAAGGAUUGUGACAACGUUUUGUGUAACGACUGUUUAACUCAGCACAAUAGAUUUGGAGCCAUGGCGUUGCACGAAGUGGUGACAAUAAGCGAUGAUGUUGACGCUAGACUAUUCGUACCAGACAACGCUAACUUACCAAGCUUACAAUGUAGUCUGCAUAAGGGUAAAGUCUUGGAACUUUACUGUGGCAAUCAUGAUGAUGCGAUAUGCAUAAUCUGCAAAACAAUGAAUCAUAGUACAUGCAUGAAGACGCCAGAUUUACCAUCUGUUAUUGAAAAGAUACAUAAAGAGAGAGAUUUCACUGUAGCAAUGUCAAGGAUAAAAGAAGUGAAAGCCCGUUUAACUCAACAGAAGGAAAAAGAAUUAUUCCGGAAAAAGGAGAUUAUUGUAAAAAAGAAUGAUAUGAAGAAACAAUUAGACGGCGAGAAGCAGCUAAUCAAAGAGCAUGUUGACAGUUUAGAGUCUCCAUUGCUGGAAGAAAUAGAAACAAUGACAAAACAGAUAAUGGAUAGCAAUGAUCGCGUACCAAAAAUAUUGAACUACAUACAAAGGGCUGAGAAAAAUGAAAAGGGGUUUUUGGGCCGAGGAAAAAAUUGCUGA